AUGGAUCGCAUCAACAGCAUCUUUCUAGAAGAAGCUCUCACGGCGACCUCCAUCGUCUUCAAGGGGGAUACUGCCGCUGCGCCCUCCCGCGAAGGUACGGACAGGUAUCUGAACGCACUCGCAACAACGUUGCAGAAUCUCGGCGGCAAAGCCAACACAGUCCGCAACAAUAUUGCAUGCCCGAUCUCCUUCGAAGAGCGACACCCUUUGGACUUCGCGGGGCACAUGGCUCGAUGGGCGACGUUCCAUACUGCUAUUGAGAUACAGAAGCAUCAUCCGCGGCUUCUCGAAACAUAUCAAACAUUGGGCGGCAGCUCCGUCGAAACCCCAGAAGCCAUGCGAAAAUGGUACACCGACGUCCAGCAGGCUGCCAAGAUCACCUUCCUGCACUUCAAAAUCGACGCGGCACUCUCAGCCAUGGCAGCAGACGACGCUUCGAAGCGGACGUGCAAGCUGGCACGGCACAAUUUCUUCGCUAAAUUGCAUCCGCGUCGCAUCUGGUUGCAUGUCAAAGCGCUUCGUAACAUGGACAGACUUGAUCCGGAGGACUUCUCACGACAGAUCGGGCCGUUGCGAUGUGAGGGGUCUGAAGAUGAGGUUGUGCGUGGGAGGGAUGUUUGUGCUGGUGAUCUGUCAGCUGCUCUGCUGUUCACCAUAGGACGAGACUGA